GCAUUUAACACCAUAGUACCCUCCAAACUGGUCAUUAAGCUUGAGACCCUGGGUCUCGACCCCGCCCUGUGAAACUGGGUCCUGGACUUUCUGACUGGCCACCCCCAGGUGGUGAGGGUAGGAAACAACAUCUACCCAGCUGAUCCUCAACACUGGGGCCCCACAAGGGUGCGUUCUCCGCCCUCUCCUGUGUACUCUCUGUUCACCCAUGACUGUGUAGCCAUGCACGCCUCCAACUCAAUCAUCAAGUUUGCAGACGACACUACAGUGGUAGGCUUGAUUACCAACAAUGACGAGAAUGCCUACAGGGAGGAGGUGAGGGCUCUCGGAGUGUGGUGUCAGGAAAAUAACCUCACUCAACAAAACAAAGGAGAUGAUCGUGGACUUCAGUAAACAGCAGAGGGAGCAUCCCCUCAUCCACAUCGACGGGACAGUAGUGGAGAAGGUGGAAAGUUUUAUGUUCCUCGGCGUACACAUCACGGACAAACUGAAAUGGUCCAUCCACACAGACCGCACAGUGAAGAGGGCGCAACAGCGUUUUUUCAAGAGGCUGAAGAAAUUUGGCUUGUAACCUAAAACACAAACUUUUAUAGAUGCACAAUCGAGAGCAUCCUGUCGGGCUGUAUCACUGCCUGGUACGGCAACUGCUCUGCCCAUAACCGUAAGGCUCUCCAGAGGGUAGUGUGGUCUGCACAACGCAUCACCGGGGGCAAACUACCUGCCCUCCAGGACACCUACAGCACCCGAUGUCACAGGAAGGCCAAAAAGAUCAUCAAGGACAACAACCACCCGAGCCACUGCCUGUUCACACCGCUAUCAUCCAGAAGAUCGCAGGCAAAUAUGACAUGCAAAAGGAGGAGGAGCUUCGGUUCUGGAUCGAGGAGGUGACUGCGAUGGCCAUUGGCGAGAACUUUCAGAAGGGCCUAAAGGAUGGAGUCAUCCUGGGAGAAUUGAUAAACAAACUGCAACCUGGCUCGAUAAAGAAAAUUAACCACUCACAACUGAACUGGCACAAGCUGGAGAACCUUGGCAACUUCAUCAAAGCCAUCCUGGCCUACGGCAUGAAGCCCAAUGACAUCUUCGAGGCCAACGACCUGUUUGAGAACGGCAACAUGACCCAAGUCCAGAGCACAUUGCUCUCCCUUGCUAGCAUAGCAAAGACCAAAGGCAUGCACACAUCGUGUGACAUUGGUGUGAAAUACGCAGACAAACAGACACGCCAUUUUGAUGACGAUAAGAUCAAGGCUGGACAAUGCGUCAUCGGACUGCAGAUGGGGACCAACAAGUGUGCGAGCCAGGCUGGUAUGACAGCAUAUGGGACCAGAAGACAUCUUUACGACCCAAGGUCCCAGACAGACAAGCCUUAUGACCAGACCACCAUCAGUCUGCAGAUGGGUACCAACAAAGGAGCCAGCCAGGCUGGUAUGUCCUGCCCAGGAACGCGUCGGGACAUCUUCGACAAUAAGCAGGUGCAUCCAGUUGACAACUCCACCAUCUCCCUGCAGAUGGGCACCAACAAGGUGGCGUCCCAGAAAGGCAUGAGUGCGUACGGGCUGGGACGCCAGGUGUACGACCCCAAGUACUGCGGCUCGCCCACUGAGCCCGUCAUACAUACCAACGGGAGCCAAGGCACGGGCACCAACUGCUCUGAGAUCAGCGACAGUGACUAUCAGGCAGAGGAAUUCCUCCAGGAGGGAGAGGGGGAGGAGUACCCAGUGGCUUAUCAGGAAGAGGACAACUACAGCGAUGUGGCCCACUACAACAACAUCGACCAGGGAAUCGACUAUUAGGGAUGUCCGGGGCCAUCUGGCACUAGCCUGGUCCCAGAUUAGUUUGUGCUGUCUUGCCAAUGACCAUAGGCGUUGGCAAGACCGCACAAACAGAUCUGGGACCAGGUUAAUCCGGCGCCACCUUAACACCACCACGACCGCUAGACGGAGCAGUAUUAAACCAGUGUAUUUUAUUGAUGACAAACAGAGCAAGUCUUUUGCUAUCCUCGCUAAUCUUUAACAUUUUUUUUAUUGAAGCACAAGAGAUAAAUAUUGUCGAGUGCGUUCCUUCUCCACCACCUCCCCAACUCUCCUUCCAUUUGAGCAGUAGUGUUCAUGCCGAUGUCGUUAAAGCAUAAAGUGCUGAGAUAGUGUUGGAGAUGCUAUAUUAUUAUACUAUUACAUUAUGAAGUAUGGGACACUGUGAAGUAAAGAAUCAUUUUGCCAACUUUGUAGCAUUUGCAACCAUUCUACUUUUUUGUUUUAUCCCUUAGACUUCUUUUACUGAUCAUAUCAUCCCUUUAAAGGAAUUAAUUCACCGACUGCUUUGCUUUCUGCCAACCUAAAAGGACCAAUUAUUACAUUUUUUACAUCAAUACAAUUGAGUGAGCCUCAGAGUAACCAGUGGCCGUCUCGUCUGUUUAAAUUUUUUGGUAUGUUUCAAUACAAAUCACUGCACCAUUUAUUUUCCUAAAAUCGCACAGAGUAAUUUCUAAUGGCUAUUCCAUUAGACCAGAUGCUUACAGUAGGGCUAGUCUUAUUGUGCCAUGUCUCAUGUUCUUAUAGCCACCCUCCAUUCCCACUGUAUUUAUUGCCAUGUCUCUCAUUAUAAACUAGUGUGGUGUCUGAAAAGGCACCCUAUUCCCUAUAUCGUGCACUACUUUUAGCCAGGGCUCUGGUCUAAAGUAGUGCACUAUAUAGGGUUCUAUUUCAGACGCAGCCUGUCCUGUUAUGUAAUUAUUUUUUAUUUUUUUUAAAGCAAGAAUGUAUGUUCCAAAUAAAGCCUAUUCCUUGGUUCUCCAA